UGUGGUAAAGACCAGAGAACAGGCUGUGCCUCUGUGAUCCUGUCCCCACAUCCUUCCAAUGCCACCCACCGACUCUCUCCAUCUCCUUCUGCCCAGCCCUCUGUCCCGUACCAUCGCACCACCUCCCUGCGCUUUGCUCCUUCCUACCCCUUCCCAUUCCCCGGGCCCCCGGCGCCCACUGCUUCCUCCCCAUCUCUCUUUAUCCCGGCUGCAGCCCUUCCUCCCCCUCCGGGCAGCCCCUCUCCCCGCCGCUGCUCUCUUGGCCCCUUCGUGCUCCCUGUCCAGCCACACCGUCCCACCGCCACGGCUCCCGGCACGGGGCCGCUCCGGGGCCGCGCUCCGCCGGCGCGCUCCGGUGGCGGGGCGGGGAUGGGGGCGGCGGGGGGAGCGAGGGGCUGAGGGCGGCGCUGGGUCGGGUUUCAGCAGGAGCCUCCGCGCCGAGGCAGCGCCGACCCGCCGCCUGCCGCCGAGCUCUCCGCGGGGCGGCUGCGGCAGCGGGACGGCCGCGGCAGCGGGAGGCCGGGACACCGCAGCACCACGGGGGCCGCGGCACCGGAGGGCACCGUAGCGCCGGAGGUACCGGAGCGGCCAGCAGUAACGGAGCGGCUGCGGCACCGGAGCACCGGGAUACCGCAGCACCGGGGUAGCGGAGCAGCUGCGGGGCGUCUCGCCGGGGCCGUAUCCUGCGGGAUGUGAACGCCGCCAGCGCGGGACGCACGGCGAUUAAAGCAUACUGCAAAGAAGAUCGAGCAACCUUCUGCUCUGCAAGUCCCUAGUAAUGGAGCAUAUGAAGGGGUCAGCCAUGCUUCUGCUGGAGCUGCUAAUCCUUGGGGGCCUGAGAGCAGGGAAGGGCUCUGCCGUCCUGGGUACCCUGGAUCUACAAAUAGAUGAGGAGCAGCCAGCUGGCACCAUCAUUGGGGACAUCAGUGCUGGCCUGCCACCCGGUACCAGUGCCUACAUGUAUUUUAUAUCAGCACAGGAGGGCAGUGGUGUUGCCACUGACUUGGGAAUAGAUGAGAACACGGGUAUCAUCAAAACAGCCCGUGUCCUGGACCGAGAGACCCGGGACCGUUACAGCUUCAUUGCUGUUACUCCAGAGGGCAUCACAGUAGAAGUGAAUAUCCAAGUUAAUGACAUCAAUGAUCAUGCUCCAGCCUUUCCCAAGCAACACAGCACCUUCCAGAUUCCAGAGCACACACCCAUUGGCAGCAGAUUUUCCUUGGACCCAGCCUUUGAUGCUGACAGUGGCCUGCUGAAUACCCAAGGCUAUGUGAUUAAGGGUGACAAUGUGGGGCAGGCCUUCCGCUUGGAAACACGGCGAGGACCCAAUGGGGUCUUGUAUUUGGAUCUGGUGGUCAGCAAUGUCUUAGAUCGGGAGAACCAAUCAUCAUACUCCUUGCUUUUGGAAGCCUAUGAUGGUGGCUCUCCUCCCAGGAGCACCCAGAUGAUGCUGGAUAUAUCUAUCCAGGACAUCAAUGACAAUGCUCCUACCUUCAACCAGAGCCGCUAUCAUACUCUUAUAUCAGAGAAUUUGAAGCCUGGCAGCAGCAUCCUUCAGGUCUUUGCCUCUGACGCAGAUGAAGGAGAAAAUGGGGAUGUGGUUUAUGAGAUCAACCGUCGACAGAGUGAUCCUGACCAGUACUUCACCAUUGACUCCCGAACUGGAGUCAUCAAGCUCAACAAGGGUCUGGACUAUGAAGUCAGGAAGGUACAUGAGCUGGUGGUACAGGCACGGGAUAAGGCUGUCCAUCCUGAGGUCACUACAGCUUUUGUCACUAUUCAUGUGCGUGACUACAAUGACAACCAGCCCACCAUGACUAUCAUCUUUCUGAGUGAAGAUGGCUCCCCUCAGAUCUCUGAGGGAGCCCAGCCCGGACAGUAUGUGGCCCGCAUCUCUGUUUCUGACCCAGAUUAUGGUGAAUACUCCAAUGUCAAUGUCACACUGGAGGGAGGGGAUGGUAAGUUUGCCCUCACUACCAAGGACAACAUCAUCUACCUUAUCUGUGUGGACCAGCUUCUGGAUCGUGAAGAAAGAGACUCCUAUGAUUUGCGGGUGACAGCUACUGAUUCAGGAACACCUCCACUCCGGGCAGAAUCAACCUUUGUGCUGCAGGUGGUGGAUAUCAAUGACAACCCUCCACUCUUUGACCAACAGGAGUACAAACAGAGCAUUCCUGAGGUUGUGUACCCAGGCAGCUUUGUCCUGCAAGUGACAGCUCGAGACAAAGACCAGGGUCCCAAUGGGGAGGUGCGGUACAGUAUCAUGCAUGGCCAUGACACCCACUCCAGCUGGUUUGCCAUUGAUCCUGCUACAGGUAUCAUCACUACUGCUGCUCCACUGGAUUAUGAGAAGGAUCCUCAACCUCAGUUGACAGUGCUGGCCACGGACAGGGGAACUCCUGCCCUCUCUUCCUCAGCCGUGGUGCAUGUGGCCCUACAGGAUGUCAAUGACAAUGAGCCAGUGUUCAGGAGUAAUUUCUACAAUGUGUCCCUAAAGGAGAACACCCCCGUUGGGACCUGCUUCUUACAGGUGACAGCCACCGAUGCUGACAGCGGCCUCUUCGGCUCCCUUUCCUACUCCGUUGGUUCUGGCAUUGGCAGUGUGGUCCCCACGCAGUUCAGCAUCGACAAGAACACGGGGCAACUGUGUACAGUGCAGCCUCUGGACCGUGAUGAGGGCACGUCUGCCUAUGAUUUCACCAUCACUGCUGUUGAUGGGGGUGGCUUGAACUCGAUGGUGUAUGUGAAGGUUUUCCUGGAGGACAUAAAUGACAAUCGGCCAGUGUUCUACCCGCUAGAGUAUGCUGCCAGCAUUAGCACACAGAGCAUGCCGGGUACAGCUGUGCUGCGUGUUACUGCCCAUGACAAGGAUGAAGGUCUGCAUGGGAAAGUGACCUACCGCAUUGUCUUGGGGAACUCACCCCCUCUCUUCUCUCUCAACAAGGACACAGGUGUCAUUUCCCUCUCAUGGUCCCUGAGUGGUAAAGCCAACACCCUGGUGCAGCUGGUGAUCUCUGCACAAGAUGGAGGGGGCCUACAGGCACAGCCAAACGCCCGAGUGAACAUCAGCAUCGUAGAGGGCACAGUCUCGCCCCCCAUCUUUGAGCAAGCCCAGUACUUCUUCACAGUGCCCGAGGACAUGUUGCAGGGCACCAACGUGGGGGCUGUCCAUGCCCAGAAUCCUCCAGGUCAUGCCGAUGACAUCUUUUAUUCCAUCUCCUCGGGGGAUCCUCAUGGCUAUUUUUCCAUUGACUCUGGCUCUGGGCAGCUCCGCACCAGCCUGCCUCUUGAUCACGAGUCUCAGGCAGUCCUCAUUCUGGAUGUCCAGGCCCGAAGUGGUUCACCCCCUGCAUAUAGCAACACCCGUGUGAAAAUCUCUGUGUCAGAUGUGAAUGACAAUGCACCAGUGUUCCCAGCCACCUCUGACUCCAUUCUGCUGCCAGAGGCCACAGAGCCUGGGACUACAGUGUACACUUUGCAGGCUGAGGACCGCGACAGCGGUGCCAAUGGUCAGGUGAAUUUUGAGCUGGUGUCAGGAGGUGAUGGCACCUUCAGUGUUGAGCGCUCAUCAGGGGCAGUGCGACUGGUCGGAGCACUGCAGUAUGAAGCCAGCGCAGCAUACAGGCUGGCCAUUGUGGCCCGAGACAGUGGAGUUCCCCAGCUCAGCUCCACCUUCACACUCCUGGUGCAUGUGCAAGCUGAGCAUGACAAUGGGCCCAUCUUUGACACACUCACCUAUCGUGUGGAGGUGCGGGAAGGUGUGCCUGUCUCCACUCGCUUCCUGCAGGUGCGGGCCCUGGCACGCGAUGCAGAAGCCAUGACCCUUACCUACCACUUGCGUGCAGAUGGGGAUGCUGCCAGCUUUGGCAUCAUGCCUGAGAGCGGUUGGCUAUAUGUCAAAAGUGCCCUGGACCGGGAGACACGGGACCUGUAUGUGCUCACAGUGCUGGCAUCGGCAGGAGGCAGUGCCACAGGGGGGGAAGCCCGGAAAACAGGCACCAGCACUGUACGAAUCAGCAUCACUGAUGAGAACGACAACAGCCCUCGGCUGAGUGAGGAGCGUUACUUCUUCACUGUUCCUGAGAAUCAAGCUCCUGGUAGCAGUGUGGGAAGGGUGAUGGCAAGUGACCGGGAUGCUGGACAGAAUAGCCGUCUCACCUACCGUCUGCUCCAGCAUGAGCCCAACUUCCUUAUCCACACACAGACAGGAGAGCUCAGCACCAAGCACAGCCUGGACCGGGAGCAGCAGUCCAGCUACCAACUGUUGGUGAUUGUGCAGGAUGGGGGAGCACCACCCCGCAGUGCCACAGGAACCAUCUAUGUCACUGUCCUGGAUGAAAAUGACAACACUCCUGCUUUCCUUCAUGUGGCCAGUGGUCAGGAACUGCCUGUGCAGGUGCUGGAAGAGAAGCCGUCGGGACUUCUCGUUGCCUCCCUCCAGGCCAAGGACCCUGACGAGGGUGAGAAUGGGACCAUCACCUACUCACUAAUAGGAGCCUGGGCAGAGCGUUUCACACUGCAUGUGGCCACUGGAGAGCUGCGGACUGCCACAGUGCUACGCCGGUCUGACCGUGCUGAGUAUAUCUUCACUGUGACAGCCAGUGACCGGGGCACGGUGCCCCGCAGUACCUCGGCCAUCAUCCGCAUUCAGGUGCUGCCAUCCUCCCGUGUGCUGCCCCGGCCCGAUGCCACCGUGCUGACACUGCACCCUCUCGAGGGGGUCAAGCCAGGGUCUGUGAUCGGCUCAGUGGCACCCCCAGAUGCCCCUGCACGAGGACAGCUGACCUACACAGUGGUAGGAGGUGGUGGGGAUGGCGCCUUUGUUGUUGACAGUGUGACAGGGGAGAUCUACGCUGCCCAGGAGCUGGAUUAUGAAGCCGGGGCACGGCACAUGCUUCAGGUGAGUGCUGAGGACACACAGCAUGGCUAUCCUUCCAGCCGACUGGUGCUGGUACAGAUCCAUGUGCAGGACUGCAAUGACCAGGCACCCACCUUCCCUGAAGACCCCAUCACCAUUGUGGUGCCCGAGAACGUGCAGGCUGGUUCGUCCAUCUUCACCUUCCAGGCGCUGGAUGGGGAUGGCGUAGGCCCCAACAGCCAGGUGCGCUAUGCCCUACUGCGCCAGGAGCCCCCUGGGGCCCCCUUCCAGCUUGACAGCCGAUCAGGACUGCUGACCCUUCGCCAGGGCCUUGACCGGGAGGCUGCUGCCUCCUUCCUCUUGGUGGUGGAGGCCACAGACCAGGCACGCAAUGUCAGCCAGCGCCGCUCGGCAGCUGUGACGGCCCGUGUAUUUGUGACUGAUGAGAAUGACAAUGCACCCGUGUUUCUGUCACCUGCUGCUGUCAGCGUCAUGGAGGAUCAGCCAACUGGGUUCGUGGCUCUGCACGUGGUGGCCCAGGACAACGAUUUGGGAGAGAAUGGGCGAGUGAGCUACUCAUUACGAGCAGGCAACAGUGAUGGCCGCUUCCACCUUAACCCCAGCACUGGUGCGCUCUCUGUUGUGCGGGCGCUGAACCGGGAGGAGGUGGUGCAGCACAACCUGACUGUGGUGGCCACAGACCAUGGCUUCCCACGCCGCUCGGCCACACAGCUACUCUCUGUGCUGGUGCUGGAUGUCAACGAUGAGGCUCCCAGUUUUGAGAAGCCUGAGUAUGAAGCGCACAUCAUGGAGAACCUGCCAGCUGGCAGCCCUGUACUGCAGGUGCUGGCCACAGACCGGGACCUGGGUGCCAAUGGGCAGGUGACCUAUGGGGGUCUCUCUGGGGGACCAUUCUCCAUCCACCCACAGACGGGGCUUAUUGUCACCACACAUGCCCUGGACCGGGAGGAGCAGGAGCAGCAUGUGCUGAUGGUCUAUGCACGGGAUGGUGGCCUGCCCCCCAACCUCUCCAAGGCAACUGUGCGGAUAACGGUAGGGGAUGAGAAUGACCACACACCACACCUAGAGAGUGAAUCCUGUUCUGUGGAGGUCCCUGAGAACCAAAGCUGUGUAGCACUCUACACCCUGCGGGCCACUGAUCCUGAUGGAGGCGAGAAUGGGCGCUUGGAGUACCACGUGGCAGAUGGAGACCCUGGGCAGGAUUUCAUCCUAGACCCUGUCUCUGGUGUCCUCUCCACUGCACGUGCUCUUGACAGGGAACAAGUUGCUUUCUACACCCUCACAGUGGUGGUGCAAGACCAUGGCACCGCUCCGCGCAGUGCCACCAUGUCAGUGAACGUGCGGGUGUUGGACCUAAAUGACAAUGCACCUGUUUUUGCUCGGACCAGCUAUGUGGUGGAGGUGCCAGAGGACUUGCCUGUUGGUGCCCUGGUUCUGCAGCUGGAAGCUGAGGACCCUGAUGAGGGCACCAAUGGGCAGGUUACCUACUACCUGGGCAAUGAGUCACUGGGCAUGUUCCAAGUAGAACCACAGAGUGGGUGCAUCAGAAGUGCCCAGACACUGGACCGGGAGCGCCACGCCAGUUACAGCUUCCUUGCCAAGGCUGUGGACUCAGCACCAUGGGAACCCAAGAGUGCAGCUGUGCGGGUCACGGUCACGGUGCGGGAUGUCAAUGACCAUGCUCCUGCCUUCCUGCACAGCCCGCUGACUGUCAACUUGUCUCGCCACACAUCACUCAAGCAGGUUGUGGCCACCAUGAGGGCAGAGGACAGGGAUGCAGGUGCCAACGCCUCCAUCCUGUAUCGCCUUGCCACCCCCAACUCUGCAUUCGCAAUCAACUCCUACACAGGGGAUAUCCAGCUGCUGCAGCCCCUGGGCUCACUCAGCCAGCGCCAGCGGACUCUUUUCAUCCUGGCCACAGAUUUGGGGCAACCUGCGCUUUCCUCUACUGGUGUGGUGGUGAUCCAUUUGCAGGAAGAGCCCUACCGGGGGCUGCGCUUUCCCCGGAGCACCAGUGAAGUGGCCCUGCCAGAAAAUGCUGCCCCAGGUACUGCUGUCGCUAGCAUCCAAGCUGUGCACACAGGGGGCUCUUCUGGGCGCAUCACAUACAGCAUCAUCAGUGGCAACGAAAAGAAUGCUUUCCUUAUCCAGCCCAAUUCAGGUGCCAUCUCAGUUCAGGACUCCAGCAGCCUGGAUUUUGAGGCCAGCCCCCGGCUGCGCCUUGUGGUCCAGGCAGAGACAGCAGCUUCCUUCAGCUUUAUGGCCAUAAACCUUAACCUGCAAGAUGUGAACGACAAUUUGCCACGCUUCCAGCUGCAGAACUAUGUGGCAUUCAUCUGGGAAUCACAGGGCUAUGACUCCCCAGUCAUCCAGGUCCUGGCAGAUGAUCUGGAUCAGGGAGUGAAUGGGCAGGUGACUUAUGCCAUUAACCAAUCCCUGCCAAUGACAGGCUUGUACCACAUCGAUCCUCAGACCGGCACUAUCACUACUGCUGCCAUCCUGGACAGGGAGAUCUGGUCGCAGACCCGUUUGGUGGUAACAGCAAUGGACAGAGGGACACCUCCUCUUGUGGGCUCUGCCACGCUGACCGUUGUGGUGAUGGACAUCAAUGACAAUAGCCCCACCAUCCCGUUUCCUUGGGAGGUGCGGGUCCCAGAAAACACACUGCUAGGCACCCAGAUAGCACAGCUGACAGGGAACGAUGUGGACUCGGGCCCCACACUCUCCUACACCCUCGUGCUGGAUGGUGAUGCUGUGGGCACGUUCGGUGUGCUGCGGUAUGGGGGACGCAUUGCCCUUACGGGGCCACUGGACUACGAGCAACGCAGCCACUACACCCUUACCCUGCGUGCCUCUGACACCCGCCAUGAGACCGAGGCCAACCUCACCAUUGUCGUGGAGGAUGUGAAUGACAACGCACCGUCUUUCAGCCAGGGCUUCUACCAGGUGACAUUGCCAGAGCACACACCUGCAGGCAGCAUCCUUCUCACUGUGAGUGCCACUGACCCAGACUCUGGCAGCAACGGGGAUGUCACCUUCCACCUGGCUGUGCCCAGCCCUGACAUUGCCAUCGACCCCAGCAAUGGGACCCUGUUCACCAUCCGGCGGGUGGAAUUCGAUGCCAGCCAGCCUACCCUGGACCUUGUGGUGGAGGCCCGCGACCGUGGUUCUCCCAGCCUCUCAUCUUGGGCCACUGUGCAGCUGCAGGUGCUCGACGUGAAUGACCACAGCCCCAGUUUCCAGGUGCCAUGCUACAAUGCCAGCGUCCCUGAGGACCUGCGCCCGGGAACCACUGUGCUGACACUGGAGGCAGGUGAUGCCGAUCUCUCCCGGGAGAACGCUGGCUUUGACUACACCAUCGUCAGUGGCAAUGGUGGCAAUGCCUUCCAGGUGGAGAGCCGUGUGGCCUGGGCAGGAGGACACCUCCGCACGCAGGGUGCCUUGGUGCUUGUGGAGCCCUUGGACUUUGAGGCCAUCCCAGUCUACAACCUCACCGUGGCAGCCUCGGACCGGGGCCUGCCACAGCGCAGUGCCACAGUGCCUGUGCUCAUCACUGUGCAGGAUGUCAAUGACAACCCACCUGUGUUUACCCGAGCUGAGUACCGCACAGCAGUGAGUGAGAGUGUGCCCCCUGGCACAGAGCUGCUGCGGGUGGUGGCCCAUGAUGCUGACUCGGGGCCCCACGGCCACAUUCACUACACCAUCAGCUCAGGUGACCAGCAUGGGCUCUUCCAGCUUCAUGAGAGUACGGGGGCCCUGUGCCUGGCACAGCCCCUUGACCGUGAGGCCCAGUCACUGCACGCCCUCGUGGUGCAGGCUACGGACGAGCCGGGCGGCCACUUUGCACUGGUACCUGUAGCCAUUGAGGUGAAGGACAUCAAUGACAAUAAACCGUACUUCCCAGUGGAGAUGCUGAGUGCCAGCAUGCGGGAGAACCUGCCUCCUGGCACGUUGGUCACCACCCUGCGUGCCAUCGAUGCAGACACAGGCGUCUUUGGGGAGCUUCGGUAUGCAGUGCUGGAGCAGCCAGUUGGGGAGCCUGGUGUGGCAGAGGGCCGGGAUGCCUUCGCCAUCAACAGCAGCUCUGGGGAGCUGCGCUCACGUCUCACCUUUGACUAUGAACGAGCUAAAGCCUUCCAGCUCCUAGUCAGGGCCACCGAUGCUGGCAACGCUUCUGCCACGGUGACUGUGCGGGUACUGGUGACUGGGGAGGACGAAUAUGAUCCCAUCUUCCUGAGCCCUUCCUUCAGCUUUGAGGUCCCUGAGGGUGCCCGCAAAGGGCAGAGCAUUGGGCGAGUGCUGGCAACAGACGAGGAUGAGGGGGCUGAUGGCGUUGUGCUGUACUCCCUGACAAAGCCAUCACCGUACUUUGCCAUCAACCAAACCACCGGCACCAUCUACCUGCGUGUGGACAGCCAGCCCCAGGCUGGGGCUGGGCGCGCCAAGAGGGAGCCGCGUGAGAUGAGUGUGGAGGUGCAGGCACGCAGCCCCCUGCCUGCCUCCCGCUCAGCCUCCGCACAGGUCACCAUUGACAUCACACACACCUCCUUCGGCCUGGCUCCGGACCUCAACCUGCUGCUGGUGGCUGUGGCUGCUUCACUGGGAGUCGUGGUGGUGCUGGCUGCUGUGGCCAUCGUGCUGGCACUGGUCCGCUCCCGUCACCGCCGGGGCCAUGAGAAGCCAGAGGGGGACAGGCCACUGGCCCGCGUGCAGAGCGGCUCCCUGCAGAAGCUGGGCCGCGAGGAACCGGCGCUUCCUGGGGGUGAGCACAUUUACCAUCAGGCCCUGCCAGGGUACGGGGGUGAGCCAGCAGGGCCCUACACACGAGGUGGCUCACUGGACCCCUCGCACUCCAGUGGCAGAGGUUCUGCCGAGGCUGCUGAAGAUGACGAGAUUCGGAUGAUCAACGAGUACCCGCGUGUGGCCAGCAUCACGGCCUCUAUGCAGGAGCACAUCUCUGCCCGUGGCCCUGACUCUGGCAUCCAGCAAGAUGCCGACCAGCUCUCCGACAUCUCCUGUGAGCCAGCUGCCCUGGAGAGCACCCAGUGGUUCAAGAGCAAGAAGGGCUCCGGGCUACUGCUGCCGGGACCACCCCCGCAGCUGUACCGUGAGGAUGGGGGAGGCAGCGCCUUCCUCGGUGUGCGCUGCGGCCUCAGUGUGUCCUCCCAGCCCCAGGACUAUGCCUUCCCAGAGGAUGGCAAGCCCUCUGUGGAGGGCUCGCUCACCGCCAUCGUGGCCAGUGAUGAGGAGCUCCGCGGCAGCUACAACUGGGAUUACCUGCUGAACUGGUGCCCCCAGUUCCAGCCGUUGGCCAGCGUCUUCACAGAGAUCGCCCGCCUCAAGGAUGAGAGCUCCCUGCGCAAGCCCUUUCCAACCAAGCCCAAGGCAGAGCCCAAGCCCCGCAUUGAUCCCCCACCCCUCAUCACCUCAGUAGCCCACCCAGGUGCCAAGUCUGUGCCCCCCAAGCCACCAGCAGGCAGGACCUUCCCACACCCCUCCUCCCUGCGCCGCUCGCCCAUCAGCCACGAGGGCUCCAUCUCGUCCUCUGCCAUGUCACCCAGCUUCUCCCCCUCGCUGUCCCCGCUGGCUGCCCGCUCCCCCGUGGUCUCGCCCUUUGGCAUCUCACAGGGGCCCUCGGCCUCUGCCAUCAGUGCCGAGCACUCACUGGAGCCCCCUGAGGAGGCCGAGCUCAGGAUUUAGACCUGCAGCCAUGGGGCCAGGAGCAGGGCCAAGCCCAGGGCUGCUCUGCAUGGGUGCUGAUCCUGCUCUCCCAGCACCUUGCCUGGCCUGGAGCCCCCAUGAGCUGCAGGUUCCCAUGUCCUUUGGGACUGCCGGCUCCUGUGACUCCCUGUGGUCUGGCAGAUUCAGUGCUAGUUUUGAUGCCCUAUGGACUGCUGAUCCUAGUACCAGCACCCCAGGGCAUGGUUUCUUGUACUGCUCAUGGUGUCUCAGAUCGGCGCCUGGCACGCUGGUGCUUCGUGGUACUCUGUGCUCUGAGAGGGGCCAGGAGCAGAUGGGUGCUCCCUGCCCUGCUGGGCCAGGGCACUGCAGACUGCAGACCCUGCUCUUGCCUGGCUGCUUGCCCAAGCCAUGCAGCACCCUGGGUGCAGUAGGAGGCUGGCCCAUCCCUGCUGGCCCUGUCUCUGUGGGAGCUUACGGGGCCGGGGAGGAAUGCUCCCUGGACAGGGAUGCACUGCUCAGACGGCACAGCCACAGCUGCCUGUUGGUCUGCCCAUGCUGCCUGUGGGAAUGGGGAUGGCUGAACUUGCUUGCUGAUAAUAUGGGGAAACGCAUCCCAGGCCAAGCUGUUGGGGGAGGAGAAGGCAUCACCCACUGUCUGCUUGCCUAUCCAUGGCUGAUGGGGGGGAAGGGGGAUCCUUUCAGGUCCCUCAAGCCCUUCCACCUGCCCCCACUGCAUUUGCCUCUUGUAAGGGCUCUCCCUCCCAGAGUUGCUGGAGGGCACUGCUCCUCAGGGGCUGGCUGGGAGGCUGGGUGCCCUACCCAGCACAGAGAGGCUGCUCCCAGGCCCAAGUGCCUCUCUGAGCUGUGGGCUGGCUGGAGCAUCAGGCACAGACACUGGGCAGGCUGUGGUAGGGCUGGCAAGAGUAUCAGCUGGUCCCAGGAUGCCAAGCCCCCCAGGAAAGGCACCAAUGUGGCCGCUCAGGGACACAAGCCAGGGACCACCUCUCGCUCUGUCUGCCCCAGGCCUGGUGGCCAGCCUGCAGCUGCAAGGAAGCAGGGGUGGGGGGGUACCCUGAAAAACCACAUGGCCUGAGGCUGGCAUGGUGGUAAACAGCAUGUUGUCUUGCAGCCACAGUAUGGGAUACGGGGUGGCAGGCCUCCCCCAGGGCCCUGCAGUGCAACCUGCUCACCAGUACAGGCUGGGCCACCAGGAACACCUCCAGAAUGUGAGUGGUUACCAGAACCCCCAGCCCUCUGUGCAGGGGCUGCUCUGCACCACUCCUUCAUGUUGUGUUGUGAUCAUGGGGGAGAGCCACAUUUCCUUGGGGCUGGUCCCCAUCCUCACACCAGCACUGCUUGCAGCUGGCAUCAGCUCAUGCUGGGGCCAGCCCCUGCCCCAGUGCUCACCCACAGCCCACAGGGCAUUGCAUGGCCCUGCACCUUGGGAGUGCAGUCCUUGUGCCAGCCACUAUGGCCCUGGGUGCUCAGGAUCGCUGUGACCCACACACAGGUGGUACAGGAUGCAGGGCGAGGCUUGGGAGCAGGACAUUCGGGGCACCAUGGCAGCCCCAGCUACACAGUCAGCCUGGGAGGACACCCAGACAUCUGAGAAGGGGGCCUGGGGCUGUUUACUGUAUUUGGGAAUUUCCUUCCUAUCACACUUCUCCUACACCCGCUCUGUAGCCUCAGCCCAAACCCUGUCAGCACCAUAGCUGCGUCCCCAUCUGUCAUCCCAGCCCCAAAUGUUUUAUCACAGCAACCACAAACAACCAUUUUUGCCCACUGCCCAUUUCCCACUCAGAACCUCCUGUGACUGCAGCCACAUCUCCGCUAGUGUCUCAGCUCCAACCUCCCCCAGACGCCAUGGGUCCCAGCCCAGCCCAUGCAAUGGGUGCCCCACACACGGCACUGUGCUGCCCCUGCCCCCGUGGUCCUUGUGAUGCCCAUGCAAGUGUGUGCUCAGUGCUGGCAGCCCCAGGAGCUGCCCUGGACAACAACAGGGCUGGGAUCUGCAGCAGCAGUGGUGGCACCAGGGCCAUGUCUGGGGCCCAUGAGGGAGCCAGGGUGGCUCUGGGAGGGGAGGACAGUUCUUGCCUCACGUGGCACAGGGACAGCCUAGGGAGGCACCCCCAAGGAGCCAGGUGUGCUGUGAGCCUUGCAUGGGGCUAGGAUGGCCAAGCAGCCCUGCUCCCCUCUGCACAUUCAGGAUGUGGGGUGUAGAUGGGUCACCCCCUGCACGCCAUGUAGGAGGGGCAGACACAUGGCCCCUCUUUUGUCUGGGGGGAUAUAGCCACGUGCUGCUGAGCCCAGCCAGGAGCCAAGCCUCCAGUUAUUUAUUUUUACACAUUGUACUACGAUUCCUGUUUUCUACUUUGUUUGUACCUUUUGUAUCGUGUCUUGCUGAGCUGCAUGUAUUGGGCGCUGCUCGUCGGCCUGCACACUGGGCCGCUCCAGCACAGCCUGGACCCAAGUGCCAACUUCUCAAAGAAAUGCCUUAAUAAACCACACUUGUUUGUACAGA